UUUUUUUUCUUUUCUUCUCCUAUCUAGAAAAAAAAAAUAUAAUUUAUUACUUUUUCUUUUUCUUUUCUUUUUACUCAUUAUUCAACCAAUAUGAGUGUACAGGCAACUGUAGCUUUUCUCAAUCGACAUGAUGUCAAUGAUGAUACUCCUAUUCCAAGACCUAUACUUCCUUUAUCAAAGAACAAUACAUGGACAACAAAACUAUCCAAAACCACUCCAACAAAUACUUUGGUUAAAGAAGAAUCUUACAACAAUAAUAGUAAACGAUCACUGAAAUCUCGGUCUGUUCUUGAUAUGUACACAGAAGAACUGACAAAUUUAUAUCAAGAAGCAAUCAACAAAUACGAAACAGCUUGUGAAACCAUCAAAAAAUUGGAAUCAGAUGUAGAAAUCUAUGCAUGCGAUUCGACAAAGGUACGAGAUUAUGAAAUUCGAGUGGAAUAUUUGGCUCAGAAAUUGGAACAAGUCUCUGAAGAACGAGAUCAUUUGGAACAAGAAUUAUCAUCCUAUAAAAAUCGUCAUGGAAAUUUGGCUACUCCUGUUUCUCCUGUAUUUGGUCCUGAUAUCUUUGGUGGAAAAAAAUCUACUGCUUCUCAAAAGGAUGAUCAUCUUGAUAAUCAAGAAUUGGAAGAUCAAGAAAAACAACAACAACAGCAGCAGCAACAGCAGCAACAACAACAGCAACAACAGCAACAGCAACAACAGCAACAGCAACAACAACAAGAAGAAGCUUAUUUUGAUGAUAUAUUGGAUGCUUAUGAAGAAAGUCGAUCUCAACAUACUAACGAUCAAAACUAUCAACAACAAAUGGAAAUGAUGGAACAAGUGUUAGCUGAAUACGAUCAAGGUAUGAAAAUGGCUAUGGAGAAAUAUGUGGCUGAUUUAGAACAACAACGACUGGAAAACAAGACAUUACAAUCGAUGGUCAAGAAACAAGAUGAACUUAUCGCCAAGUUGGAAAAUCGAGAUAGUCAAAGCAAUGAUUCAACAUCAUCUAACGACCUACAACGUACUCAAGGUGGCUCAACACAUGAUCAGAAUCUUUUAAGACAGCAAGUGGAAUUACAACGUAUCGAAUUGGAAAAUAAACGAGAUCUUUUGACACAACUAUUGAACGAACGUGAUGAUUUAUUGAAAAAAGUGAACGCCAAUACCAACAAACGUAAUAAUAGCGAUAAUGACAAUAGACAACGACGUACUCCAUCCUAUAGAUCAUCCAUCGAUAUGUUGGCAGAAUUGGCUCGCGCAGACAACAUACCAAAAUCACCUGCAUCCAUUCGAUCUCUGGGUUCACAAUAUCAACUUCAACAAUGGGAUACUGGUCGUAGUACUCCACCUCCUUUUGCACCGCCUAGAACACCACUUCCUCCUUUACCGGCAUCCGAUCAGCUAUACAACAGCAACAACAACAACAGCAGUAACAAUAUCCUUCAUAACAAUGACUCUGGUAUAACUCGGAAUUCUUUGGUAAGCUAUUCUCGUAGUUCUUCUUCAUCCUCUUGGUCGUCAGAAGAACAACCACAUCAUCCUCUUUCAACGUUAACACUUCCACUCAAACACAACAGUAGCAACGACAAUACGAUCACUGAUUCUACUGCCUAUCCAUCUCUGACCAACACUUUAUCCAAUGAUAACACUGAGCCUACUCCUCCUACUACUACUGGAUCUUUUUGGAAAGGAUUGAAAAAGAAAUUUUAGAUAGUUACAUAGUUAGAUAGUUAAAUAGAAAUAGUAUAUUUAUUUAUUCCCCCCGCCAUUACUCCUUUUUUUUUUUAUUUUGUCCAUACAUAUUACUAUUAUUAUUAUCAUCAUCAUCAUUCAUUUAUUCCCAUUCUUUUUUAAUAGCCCCCGUUUGAUCUUCUGUACAUUAGUCCCUUUUUUUUCUCUCCACGUUUUAUUUAUUAACAGGUAUCCAAAAAAAAAUAAAACA